ACAGUACUUUUUGCCUCUCUCUCUUAACGAGUCAGGCACACACUCACACACACUUCCAACCCCACCAACCCUCUUACACAGAAGUAACUCUGCUUUGCUGUUAGGAGCGUACUGGCCUCUCCACUUUGGUUUCUAUGUUUUGCUGAACAACAAUGAAACUGCCAUUACCAUGUCUGCAAAUUCCAGAGCUUAUGUUCUAAAAAGGAGAAAACUAAGUGUUUCUCCCACCUAAACCAUUCUUAUGUCAUUACAAUACUAUCUAUCUUAUUAGUGUUAGUUUGGUUAGCAUUGUUGGUAUGCUUUAAUUGUAGACCACAGCCACUUGGUAACUGUUACCACAUUUUGUGUUUCAGCACAUGCUGCUGUUUCCACCACCAAACUCCUUUCAAUUUUCUUCAUCAUUUUGGGUUGUCGGUGAGUUCUAAGUAAGAGAUCUUCAGACAUUGAUCUACAAUUCCAUUACAAGGAAAUGGGUCUGCACCUUAUUUUCCUACUGAUUCAGCUACAUUUAGUUACCAGUUCUCCUCCACAGCUUCAUGAACAUGCAGCCCCAAAUCUGCACAAUUCGAGAACCAGAAGCCAUUCAAGUAGUGCAUUCCCACCAUCAAAGCCAUCUUCUGCGGUUCCUGCAAGUAUUGCCCUUCCACCUUCCAAGGCACCUUCUAGAGUUCCCGGAAGUACUGAGUCAUUCCCAAAAGUUCCUACAAAGAAGUGGAGGCAUAGUCCUGUUGGUUCUACCUCUCCAAUAUCGCACCACAAGCAUCACCAUUCCAGAACAAAGUCUAAAAAUCAAACUCCUGGCCCAAUCUAUUCAAACCAUCCUCAUACUCAUCAUCAAGGUUCUCCAGUCUUCGAAUCAAAACCUCCUUCCUCUUCACCUAUGAGAAUGAGAAGCGGUUUUCAUGCACCUGCACCAUCACCAGCAGCUCUAUCAGACAACUUAAAUAUGCCCUCUCCUUCACCUAGAAUUUCACCUCAAGGUUCACCAUUGAAAAAGACAAAGACAAAGACUCCGCCGCCAGCAUAUGCUUUGGCUCUGCCACCUUCACCACCUAAUAAAGAUUGCAUGUCGGUGACUUGCUCAGAGCCCUUGACAUAUACACCUCCUGGAUCACCUUGUGGUUGUGUAUGGCCACUUCAAGUCAAACUCCGAAUCAGCAUUGCAAUAUACAAGUUUUUUCCUUUGGUUUCCGAGCUAGCCGAUGAAAUUGCAGCCAACGUUUUCUUGAACCGUGAUCAAGUACGCAUUGUGGGGGCUGAUGCAGCAAGGCACCACUUAGAGAAAACAACUGUUCUCUUAAACUUGGUACCCCAAGGAGUAAAAUUUGACGAUACAACAGCAUUUAUAAUAUAUAAAAAAUUCUGGCACAGGGAGAUUCUCGCUGAUGCUUCGCUUUUUGGUGCCUAUGAAGUACUCUAUGUUCAUUAUCCAGGGCUUCCACCAUCUCCACCUUCAACUCAUUCAAAUGUUUCUGGUAUAGAUAUUGAAUCAUACCCUGGGGGUGGCAACAAUGGAACAAUUGUGAAGCCUUUAGGAGUAGAUAUCUCGAGGAAGAAAAAAGAAGGGACUGGUGAAAGAAUGGUUAUCAUAAUCGUGCUCGCAUCUUUUACUGCGUUUGUUCUAGUUAUUGGAAUUGCUUGGCUUUGUCUGUUGAAAUGCUGUUCCUGCGCUCUUGAACCUGAACAAAUUCCAGAUGUUAUAUUUUCAUGCUCUUCAAAGCGAACAGCCUCAGGGGCUGCUAGGUCUUUUAGUUAUUAUGGAAGCAUCCCAGGUUCUAGAUCAAUGUCCUUCAGUUCUGGAACUAUGACAUAUACAGGAUCAGCUAAGAUCUUUACUUUGAAUGAAAUAGAGAAAGCAACAAAUAAUUUCAAUCCAUCAAGAAUAUUAGGAGAAGGUGGCUUUGGUCUUGUCUACAGAGGUAGCCUAUAUGAUGGGAGGGACGUGGCAGUAAAGAUUCUCAAAAGAGAUGAUCACCAUGGCGGCCGUGAAUUCUUGGCAGAAGUUGAGAUGCUUAGCCGCUUGCACCAUAGAAAUUUGGUUAAGUUGAUAGGUAUAUGCAUAGAGAGACAGACACGAUGCCUAGUCUAUGAGCUUGUCCCUAAUGGAAGUGUGGAAUCUCACUUACAUGGUGCUGACAAGGAAACGGAUCCACUUGAUUGGGAUGCCCGGAUGAAGAUUGCACUUGGUGCUGCUCGAGGAUUGGCUUAUCUGCAUGAAGAUUCAAAUCCAUGUGUGAUACAUAGGGACUUCAAGUCCAGCAACAUCUUGUUGGAAUUUGACUUAACAGCCAAGGUUUCAGACUUUGGAUUGGCUAGAUCAGCAUUGGAAGAGGGAAACAAGCACAUUUCCACACAUGUUAUGGGCACAUUUGGCUACCUAGCACCUGAAUAUGCAAUGACUGGCCAUCUUCUUGUGAAAAGUGAUGUUUACAGCUAUGGGGUUGUACUCCUUGAGCUCCUAACGGGAAGAAAGCCUGUGGAUUUGUCACAGCCAUCAGGUCAGGAAAACCUUGUUGCGUGGGCUCGUCCGCUUCUUACUAGCGAGGAGGGUCUGCAGAAGAUCAUAGAUCCAGUCAUAAAGAACAACAUUGCUCUUGAUACUGUGGUAAAAAUUGCAGCAAUUGCAUCCAUGUGUGUGCAACCAGAAGUUACUCAACGCCCUUUCAUGGGUGAAGUUGUUCAGGCCUUGAAGCUGGUAUGCAGUGAGCUUGAGGAAGCAAGUCAUGUAAGAUCAGUGAGUUUGAGAGAAGAUGGUCUUGUCACUGAUGUGGAAGCAAAAUUUUCCAGUGUUCAAGGUGAGAGAGUGGACUGUGGAGUUUAAAGUGUAACAAACCCCUGCCUCACUAUGAACUGGUCUGGAACUAAAUUAGCAAUGAGCCGGAUUCAAUGCGAAUUAAAGAUUGCUUAUUAGAGCUUAUUUAGUGUUUUUUCUAGUACAUAAGCUAUAAUAAGUGCUUUUUUAGUCCGCAUCCGACCGGGACCAGGAUCAAUGUUGGUGUAAGAGAUACUGUAUUGGUCUUAAUGAAUGUAACCAAACAAGUUGCUAGCAUUAUCACCAAUAACUUUCAUUGACCAA